AUGUGGUCAUGGCUGACGAUUGCCGUCGUCCUGACGUCUUUUCGGGGCUCUGAACUCUCGAAUUUGUUGGUUUUUCUCAUUCUGGGGAACUAUUGGGCAGUCUGACCCUUAUGAAUACAUUCUGUGUAAUCUUAAGGUUUUCUGCUUGUCAGUUCAUUCUCUUCAAGUUAUUCUCUUCAAAAUAUUCUUUACCUUGAUUCUAUUGAUUUUUAAAGUAUCAAGAAAGUUUGAAUAUACUUGAAGCUUUAAAUGGUCGCUUUUCAGCUUAUUUUAAGACGAAAGGUAUGAAAAAGCUGUUAACGUAGUUUAGCGCCUCUCCAAAUAUUCAUCAUUCAUAUUCUUUUGAUUUAAAGUCCAUGGUCGCAUUUAAAAUGGCUCAACGCGAAGCGGUCGCGCUGCGGUUCAAUUCAAAAAUCCAAGAUCUCUCAAAUUUUUCGCCCGACGCGCUUUCAGAGCAUAUAUCGGCUGGAUCCCACCCCAGCCUUUUGCGCGCGAAAAAAAUUUUGAAAUUUUACUGAUGAGAUAGGACGCACUUUUUGGGGGGGCUACAGUUUGAGGGAGGAAGUCGCCCCCCAAGAUUGGGAUCCAGCCAACGUAUGUUUAAGAGCAAGCGAGCCAUUCUCUGUGCGACCAGAGUUUUUUUUUUAAAUUUCAUUAAAACUAGUCUUUAACAUUUAUUUAGAAGCAAUUCAUGGCAAAAUGUACUUUUUUUUCAGUUCAACCGAAGGAAGCGGCGACUUUCCAUCGCCGCCAGUCUCACUCGCGGAACAGUUGAAAUUUUCACCUUCAGUAGAUGAUUCUCUAUUGACGAGAAAUAUUUCAAAGCGAGCCGCUGAUUUUGUGGGUUUUCGAACUGAUAUUACUACUACAGUAUAUAGUUAUCUCUGUACAAUCUCAAAAAACCUACUUUUCGAAGCCUAAUCAAGUGUAAAUGACAGAAGAAGCUGAUAAAAAUCAACUUUUAAAAUGUUCACUCUCACGAAAAAAUGACGAGAACUGUCAUUACUAUGGUUAAUGCUUUUAAAAUGAUCAAAAAAAGACCAUAAUUCCCAAUAGAAUGGUGGGAAUAUGUCCACUGAAUGGCGAGUCGGUGAGACCACGCUGAGUGAUAUUAAUCGGCGCACGCCGCUCCGAGUCGGGCGCGGCCGAAAACCGGGCUCCUCACCUAAUCCAACAAGACAACUCUGGUUCCUUUGCAUUUGACCGAGAAAAUCUUUCGCCUUUUACUAAAGAUUUCCGUGCAAAGGGGCAACUUUAUGAGUAUUGCCCAAUUUUUGGAAUCCCCUCGAAAGAGCGGGACAAAAACAAAUUUUAAAAAGUGUCAUUAUAUUUAUUAAUGUCGUGUUCAAAGGGAUUCCGCAAAAUGGGAAAUACCCGUUAGAGGAAGAAAAAUAUAAGUGAAUUCCCGAUGUUGCGAAAAUAAAAUGAUCAAUCAAAUUCUGGAGAGCCAGAGAACAUUUUGCAUCUCCCUGAAAUUAAUUUGAACACCCCAAAAAUAAUUAAAGUAGUUUAUUACUUUGACAGAGAUAAUUAAUAAUCAUGACUAAAUUGGCGUUGGGGGUUUUUGCCAACUUAUAUGGAUUUUAUUGUAUUUUUCUUAUUGAAAUUUGAACAUUUCUUACCAAGGAACGGACUCCGGUCGCACGGGGACCCCUUAAUAAGACCAAGUUUUCUAGAUGUAUUUUUUCACGCUGAUCUGUUCUCAAAAACAGCUGAGAUCUGUGAAAACAGUUAUGGACCCUCAAAAGUUGAAAAUCCAUUGUCUUCGAUUAGUUUUGACGUAUGACGGAGCUUUGGAAAGUCAUAUCUAUGCUUAAAAUUUUUUUUCUUGUAGAAAAAGUAAAUUGUUUUAUGUUAUCUGAAGAACCAGAUCUGUAUAUGCUCUAAAAAUGAGCUCAAUCGAAGACAGUGAAAUUUUCAACUUCUGAGGGUCCAUAACUUUUUUUACAGAUCUUCUCGGCAAUUUUGAGAUCAGAUUUGGAAUCAGCGUGAAAAAAAUACAUCAAGUAAACUUGGUCUCAAUAAAGGGUCCCAUUGCGACCGGAGACCAAUUUCUGGUAAGAAGUAAUGAACAUGGCUGAGCCUUCUUUAUUGAGCUUGAAGGUUUUACGAGUUUUUUUAGUUCAAAAAUUGAAAUUCUCUAUUAAAUAUCUUCCCAAAACGCCUUAGAUUGGAAGAAUUUGACCAUUCAUAAUUUUUUUAUUGCUUCUAAAUUUCCAGUACAACGGGAUAAUCGACCGAGAGUUCUACACUCCCUUUGUUUUGAGCCGUCCUUCGAUACCAAAAACGGCAGUUUUGGCCUUCGAUCGACCUUUACAGCGUGGAAAUGCCGUUCCUCAAGUACAGUACAUUGGGCUGUGGUUCGUCUUCUAAUAAUUAAACUUUUGACCGCGCUCGGAAUGGUUUUUGAAUUUUUGGGAAGGCCGCGACGCAUUUAGCCAUUCCGCGUGCGGACCUUUUUUAUUUUCAAGCUGAUUUUUUUCGAGGAAAAUGGAAGAAAUGUGGUUUUUCAAGCUAAAAAAAACCUUCUCUUAUAAGAUAAGAAAGAUUCUCUGAAACCGAUUUGAAAUGGUUUACGUUUAGGUUAUUUUUGAGUAUUUAUUCUCAAGAAAAAAUGAUUAAUAUAUGACGCUUUUUGAUGGUAGAAACUAUCUGCAAUUUUUGAAAAUCUGGCUUAGCAGAACCUGUUUUACUUACCGACCUGAAACGGCAUACGUGAAGGUUCACGUCUUACUAUUUCAAUUGGAACUUGCUUUUUGUCUAUUUGAUUUUUUUUUACUUGAAUUCCUACCUUUAGGGCUCCAAGAGGACAACCGCCACAUUGGGGCGCGAUUGGCCUCAAUUCCGUUGGAAAACUUGACGGCAUUUUCGUCAAGGUUUUAUUUCUAGAACUUCCCUGUGAAAAUCCCUUUUUUCAUCCAGGAUGGCCGAAUUUUCAAUUUAUCACGUCCAGAACUCAUAAAUACGCCGAUUCGGUUACUACAGUACGUCGGAACAGCGGAUCGGAACAAUUUUCGGUCAGUUUUAAUUUUUAUUAUAUUGAUUUUCAGUACCUUGCUAUUUCAAAAUGAAAAAGAAAAUUUUGAAAAGGUAUGAGAAUUUAACGAAAUUGACCGGAUCAGUGUUAACAUAGGCAAAGUCGGAAGGACCCUUUACAGCGUCCGUUAUGGAUCAAAAGGCUCCCAUUAAUUUUUCCUAAACGGGUGACAACAGUUUCCUUUUCACUGCCUUUUUUAGGUCCUUUUAUCGGACUUUAUCCACCCUUUUUGGACCCUUUUGAAAAACAAAAAAGAAAGGCUCAAUAAUGGUCGCAAAAUGGAACCCUUUUAGCGGCCAUUUUGCACCCGUUUUCCGCGAUUCCGGCUUUGGCAGUGAAUAUUCAGAGAAGAAGGUUUUCCGAGGCUUUGGAUUUGAUAAAAUCAGCAUUACUCCACUUACUCUGUCAUUUUCCCAGGACUUUUUUCAGAUUUUUCAAAAAUUCACAUGUUAGUAACUUCUAGAAUGUAUGAAAAAAACAAUUUAAAUAAAAUUUCGGCCGGCUUCAUGUGUGUUGCGUGACGGUCAGAAUGCGAUUUUCAAAAUUACCGAACCGCAACGCAUCCAGCCAUUCUCAAUGCGGCCAGGCAUGCGAGAAAAGUUGUUUGGGAAACCAGACUACGCCGCAGUUUUGCUCCAUGGAAAAUCGAAUUUUAGACUUUUUUCCUUUCUAUCAGUUUCCUUGGAUAUGGGACUCUUCAUUGCUCUUCGCUUCAAACUAAACUGUUGCUUAUUUAUCAUUGUUUCCCUAGGCAAUGUUUUACCUUUUGUUGGAGGUAAUUUUGUUUCUUGCCUUUUUUGUAUGUAUUUUACAAAUUAUCUCAUUUUCCGAUCACUCAUGAUUUUUUUAGUUUGGUUCAUUCGGUUAUAUGAAGUUAUUUUUGGAUCCAAGAAAACAAAUAAGAAUUUUCAAAAAAAUUGAAUCAGUUUAUAAUUUUCUAUGUAGUAACCAUCGUAUUUUGCUCGCGAGAACGAUAAAAUUGAAUAAAAACAAGCGAAAACCUUCUUAGUAAAGUUGAAAAAGGAACAAAAAUUCAGAAAAGAAAAAAUUUUUUUUUAAUUCUAAGCGUUCCAUGGAGCAAAAUUGCGGCGUGGCCUAGUUUUCCAAACUGACUGAAUUUUGCAGCAUUCCAUGCGACAAAGUCGUCUUGAAUGGAACUCUAGCCCCUUCAUGGCGGGAAGGGGCAGUCAAAAAUUAGAGCAGCCUUUAAGGUGAGGCCCCAACUGGCUCACCGCUGCUCAUUUCCAAAAACAAAAAUAAGCGUAUAACGGGGCCUUUCAAAUUAUCUCCAUGGGUCCACCUUCUAGGCUACCUAGUUGUAAUUUUCAUUGUUCGGAGAAAUUUGAAGGACUAGGUCCUAUUUGACUGCGACCGACUCGAGACAGGUCCACGCCUCGUGGCAUAUUUUGACGUGAAAUGAUGAUUUCGUUAAUUUUUUUUGGAAAAAAGGCUAUUUUUUUUUUAAUAAAAGUUCAGUGUCGUUAUGUUUAUUCAAUUCAACCAUGCGUUUUUCUGAGUUGUUUAUUUUUACUGCGACCAACCUGAAACAGGACAGCGCAUCGGUAUACAAACAAAAAGAUUUAAAAAUUAGUUUAUUAACAAUUUAUUUCCUCAGUAAAGCUUUGUUUUUGGAACGUUUCUUUUUCGUAAUAAUUAAUUUUAAUAUUGUUAAGUUGCAACCGACCUGAAACGGGUCCACGUCCUGAGGUAUCUUUCAACACAUUUUUGGGCGUUUUCAGACAGUGAUAUUAAUAAAAAAUCUUUUUUGUUUUUUUUUCCAUCAAUUUUCAUAUAAUUACUUUUUUGUAUACACUUGAGUAUUGUUAAAAAAAAUAAGGAAAUGUAAUUUUGCAACUGAUACGUGCUGAGAUAUAUUGAAUCAUUCUAAACUGUAGGAUUGACAAAAACUCUUUUUUUUCCAUUUUUACGCUUUUUAAAAGCCGAAAACAAGAGAAAUAGCGUUGAAGACUACAAAAAGGCGCUCACCGCUCCGCGUCGGGCGCAGUAAACAGCCACACGGUGAGCGUCCUAACCGUCCUUCGAAUAUUCCGGAGCAAUGUUCGCAGGUUUGUUCGAACAACGUGUAGAGGUCACUUGCUCAUCCUCCACGUGGGCGAGCAAAUCUGUUUAUUGGUUCGUUGUUUGGAUCGAGUUUUCGUUGAGCUUUCAACAAAGCCAUCCACACGGACUGAGUGGGCUGCUCCACUAAUUUUUGCAAUCCCUAAAGGGAUAAAUGUGUUGUUUAUUAAUAGAUAUAUAAAGUAUUGUCAGAGCACAAUUUUCUUGUAAGAAAUUCAAUCUUUCUGAGACUUUCUGGAGUUGUGUGAUAACUGUUAUUUCUUAACACUAUCAUAAAGUCUCAGUUCAUAGAAAAAAAAGCAGCUAAUUUUAAGAACAGUGAAUAAAUGUUGCCUUUUGGAAGUCACGACAUUAAGAACACUAAGUCAACAAAUUUUCAUUUUUUUUUGUAAUUUUUAUAAGAAAACUUUUGAAAACUGUACAUUUAUACACAAAGACGACAAUGACAAAAAAGCUCGAGACCAUAAAUUAGUUUUUGCAAGAAAAAAUGCAGACAGACAAUUUUAAUUACGUUUCUAUAUAGUUGAAGUUUUAUAGUUCAUAAGUUAUCUUUAUCAAUCAAAUCAUUUAUUUUGUUUUUUUAGUCUGAUGUAAUCGACUAGGCGGUGAACAAGAACUUUGAAAGUUAUAACGAACAACCGCCUUUGGCGAGCUAGAAGUCCAAACGUGUAGUCGAAAGAGUUGAAAGAAUGAUCUUACGGUCCUUCGUCUCGUCCUUCUGCGCGUAGUUCAUCCAGUUGCGCCUUGACAAGCUCAGAAUGUAGCGGAUGUUGUGCUGGAGCCCGGAGACCGUGCUCUAGGUGGAAGCCUCAGAAUGAGAGCGACCACUUCGAGUGAAGAUUUUACACGGAAUGAAGAUUUUACACGGAAUGAAGAUUUUACACGGAAUUACUUUUUUAUACACUUGAACGUUGUGAAAAAAGUUUCAAGAAACAGUCGAAAUUAAUUUUGCCUCUUAUACGUUCUGAGUAGAGUUCUCAAAAGUAAAUGUUUGAACGAACGUUCAACCAAACAUUUUCCGAACGUUUGAUGAAUUCGACCCAUUAGUUAAAUUUCACAUGAACCGUUUGUUAAAAAAACUUCAUUUUGGUUAAAUUUCAUAACUGAGCAUUUAAAAAAAUGAACAAUUACUUAUUUUUUUCGAAAAAAAUUUUUAGUUAAAAAAAUGAACAUUUAAAUUUCAUUUUGAAAUGUUUGGUCAAAAAAAGUAAACAUUUAAAAACUCAUUUCGGAAAUUUUGGUCAAAAAAAUGAACAUUUAAAUUUCACUUUUGAAAUUUUUGGUCAUUAAAACGAACAUUUAUUUACUAGUCAGAAUUUGAUUGUUUAGAAAACGACCAUUUAUUCUUCAGUCAUUAUUUGAAAAGUCACAAAAUGAAAAGAAUGAAAGUGAUCAAUUUUGGUUGAUCUUUCAAAAAAACGACAUUCGUUUGAAAUGUCAAAAAGAAAAUUUUUCGUUUUUGAAAAAUGUCAUUUUUUUCAAUUGGUCAUUUUGAGAACUCUAGUUCUGGGAUAUAUUCAAUCAUUCUAAACUAUGGGAUUUACAAAAACUCUUUUUUUUUUCCAUUUUUACGCUUUUUGAAAGCCGAAAGCAAACGAUAUAGUGUUGAAGACUACAGAAAGGCGCUCACCGCUCCGCGUCGGGCGCAGUGAACAGCCACCCGGGGAGCGUCCUAACCGCCUUCGAAUAUUCUGGAGCAAUGUUCGCCGGCUGGUUCGAACAACGUGUGAAGGUCAUUAGCUCAUCCUCCGCGUUGGCGAGUAAAGCUGUUUAAGAGAUCGGAGUCUGGAAAACCUAAUCCAACCGAUAUGAGUGGGCUGCUCCACUAAUUUUUGCAAUCCCGAAAGGGAUAAAUGUGUUAUAUAUUAAUAGAUAUACACAGUAUUGUCAGAAAAGUUACGAAAAAAAAAACAGAGUCUCGGCUACAAUUUACUUGUAAAAAGUGCAAUAUUUCUGGAGACUGUUAUUUUUACACUCCGUAAAGUUUCAGUUUACAGAAAAAAAAACAGCUUCAGAAAAUAUCAAGAAGAUUGAAUUCCUUACAAGAAAGCGGUGACCGCGUUUUUUCGUUACUUUCUGACGGUUUUAAAUAAAUAUUGAUCGAAAUCAUGAAAGAAAUUUUUUUAGAACAGUAUAUGAAUGUUCUAUUUUAGAAAUCACUACAUUGAGAACACUAGGUCAACAAACUUUCAUUUUUUUUUUGUAAUUUUUAUAACAAAAUUAUUGAAAAAUGUACAUUUGUACACAAAGCCAAUAUGAAAAAAGCGAAAGAGAGAGAAAAAAAUGGAAAAUAAAUCUGUGCUUACUUGAAAAAAGCUGCCUUCCAAGAGAUGCUUAAAAAAAUCGAGGUAUCCGAUAACAAAAUCCAGAAUUUUGAUUUUGAAAACCUGGGUCUCUAGAAGAUUUGAAAAAGCGCAGGAAUAUUGAACCUCGCUAUAUUCUUGACAAAUUUAUCCAAGAAAUCAAAGAAACCCAUCAGCGAACUUUUUUAUAAUAUUUAUUGAAAAUAAUCAAUUUUUCAAUUACACAAAAGAUGUAUUUUCCCCCCCACACACCGUUUGAGUGCGAAGAGCAGCAUCCCAACGCUGAAGAUUACAAAAAGGCGAGCGCCGUUCUCAGUCGGGCGCAGUGAUUGUUGACGAGGCAAAGGUUCUCUAAAUGCCCGAAACGUUUCGGAGCAAUGUUCGCUUUGCACGUAGCAAUUCGCGUCGUUGUGAAGCCGGAUCGUCGGGAGUUUAUUUUUCCCAUAUGACGAGCAAAGCUACUUGGUGAACUGCUCCACUAAAUUUUGCAAUCCCGAAAGGGAUAAAAUGAGUUGAGCCUGUUAGUUAAGUGCUUGGGUGAAAAAAAGUUUUAAAAAAAGUGUUCAAAAUGAAAAAAUCACGCAGGAAAACUAUCAAAUCAUCUUAUUAUGAGAAACUUUGAAUGAAGAAGUUUGAUCCUAGCUAUAUUCUUGACAAAUUUCUCCAAAGAAAUUGCAAGAAACCAUUUUCUAAUAUUAAUUGGAAAUAUUUUUCAAUUACACAAAAUAUAAUUUUCAUUGAAAAAUAAUCAAUUUUUUUCAAUAACACAAAUCUUGCAUUCGCCCCCUUCCCCCACAUCGUUGUACAACCUGUUCAAAGUAGGAAAAGCAGCAUCCCAACGCUAAAGGUUACAAAAAGGCGAGCGCCGUUCUCAGUCGGGCGCAGUGAUUGUUGACCCGGCGAGGGUUCUCUCGAUGCCUGAAACGUUUCGGAGCAAUGUUCGCUUUGCACGUAGCAAAUCGCGUCGUUGCGAAUAUCGUCGGGAGUUUUUCUCCCAUAUGACGAGCUACUUGGUGAACUGCUCCACUAAAUUUUGCAAUCCCGAAAGGGAUAAAAUGAGUUGAGCGCUUGGGUGAAAAGUUUUCAAAUUACAACGAUCUCGCGGGAAAACUAUCAAAUAAUCUUUUAUAAGAAAUGCCUCCAAAUGAAUCAAAGGAAAUCAUUCUUGACCUGUUUUUUUUACUGUAUUGUUCGGAAAUAUUCCAUUCACGUAAAGUGAAUAUUUUUCCGGUGGUAUGAAAAAAUGACCAGCGAAAUUUUGAACGGCAACUUUUCCGAUUUUUCCAUAUCUUUAGAGAAGUUUCCGACUUUUUUUUCACGAUAAAUUCUUCGUUUUGAAUUUUCCUAUAUAAAGUAGCAUGAUUAGAACACAGAGAAACAGAAAAAAAAAAUCCAAAAUAGAUGGUUUAUGAACCGAAAAAAAUAAGUUCCCUAGUGAUAUGACAAAAUCGGAAAGGUCGCCGUUCAAAAAUUCGCUGGUUUUUUUCUUCAUACCACCAUUUUUCCCCAUAUCCAGCAAACUUUUUGAAGUGGAGGAUCAGCAUCAUGUAUAUAAAGUUGCGCCCGACCAUGAAACGACUUCCGCUAGUCAUAACUUGAGCCAUUACAAUCGCGUCCACAAAUGUUUCACUGAAAUUAAUGGAGAAUCUGAUUAAUCAAAUUCAUGAUAACAAUGUUUCUAUUUGAAUUUUCUGCGCCCGACUUUGAAACGAGUUCCGCGAGUAUAGGCAUCAAAUCUGCAGAGUUUUUAAAUGAGCAAUAUAGAAAAAUAUUGUCAGCUUUUUUCAGUUUUUCCUGGGUUCGAGCAAUCGACGCCGAUGUGGCGACGGUGGUCAGUGAGAAGAAAUACGGAGAUUUGUGCUCACCGAGAAUGGCGCCCGCUAUUAUUCAGGUUAGAAUUUGUUAAAGAAACAUUUGUGCGUUAAAGAAAAAUUUCGGCACUUUCUGUUUAAAAAGUCCGAUGGGAAAUACAGCGUGGCGCAAGCCGGCUCGAGUCGGUUGCAAAAAUAAAACUGGCGCCUUUUUAUUGAGACACUUGAUAUUCACUCUUGUUUCCUAUAACAUGCCAAUUUUUGGUUUUUUUUUUAUUGAAGAUGUCAGUUUAUUGAAGGCGCAUGACGUAAACCGUUUCAAGUCGGUUGCAAAGAAAGUCACGCCUCAAGUAGAUAUUUUCUGUUAGAAAAACUAUGUUUCUCCCCUUCAACUCAGAAAAAAAAAUUCCUUAGAAAUUUAAUCUUGUCGUAAACCGUCUCAAGUCGGUUGCAAAGAAAGUCACGCCUCUCUAUCUUAUUGGAAGAGGUUCUUAUUGUUUGUCAAUCAUGAGGAAACCAUAUUGAUUUCCUUCAACUCAAAAAAACAUUAGUUAGAAUUUUCAUCUUGCCGUAAACCGUUUCAAGUCGGCUGCAUUUCAGGACCAAGGCUUUGAAUUCCUUGGCGAAGCCGACAUUGACAAUCGCGUAAUGUACUAUGUGCAUGACGGUCUCGCGACGAAAGUUGAAAAGGUUGGAUUUUCGGUCGCAUUUGGAAUGGCUCGCAAUGCUGCCAAUCCAUUCCAAAUGCGACCAUCGCCAUUGAAGUUGAAAUUAAUUAAAAAAUCUUUCAGGAUAUAUACACGACCAAGGUUUUUCUGCUCUCCAAAACGAGGUGUCAGUGCUCCUGUCCAUUAGAAAUUUAUUGA